GUUGUGUUGGGGAGCAGUGGGAGAAAACAGGGUGCAGCCGCGGGACCCUCACUGCUCAGAGUCCACAUUAGAGACAGAAAACAACUUACAGCGCAGAAAGGAGCUGCUGCGGGAAAGACGUGAAGGCGCUGAGGACGGACGAGCCCUCCUGAGUGGAGGAGUGAACCGCCGAGCUGCAGCGCAAAUGGAAAUUAAGAGUUAGACCAUACCACCCAGGUUUGUGAAAGUAUGAAUGGCAAGUUCCCGCCAUGGAAUGCCCAGCGGGGCUGCAGCCAUGGAGUGGCAUAUGGGUCUGAUACACUGCGGGAAUGCCAAGAAUUGGAUAAUGCUAAUGAUGUUUCUCCACAUUAUGGAGAAGCAACAACUGAUGGAAAUUAUGAGGAACAAUCAAAUUGGCCGCAGACACCUCAGCAAAAGGGGACCGACAAGAUGAGAGGCAUCCAGUCUGUUGGACAUGCAUCAUCAUACACAUCUAGUGCCUCAAAUCCUUUUUCUGAUGAUGGCCAGGGAAUUCCUUCAGGAAUGGCAGCAGAUAAAGUAAAUUAUCCAUAUUACAGAGUCAGUCAGCACCCCAUGAGAUCCAAUAUGGGACACGUUGCAGAGGAUUAUGGAGAAAGAACUGCAGUAGAGAUGAGAGAGAGAUUCAGUUUUAUGAAUGACGAUUUAGCUGCUGCAUCAACCAAUGCCUCAAAUACACUGGUUCAAGAAACGGACCAGGAACUGGAAAAAAGCAGCUCUUCUAACUGGACAUCUGUGAUUAAAGAAGCUUUAGAAAUGAGUAAUGGUGUGGAAUUGGAACAGGAUGUAUCCUGUGGAACAUCAGUGGUUUAUGAGGAAGCACAGAGUGAGACAAGAGGAACAGAACUUCUGAAGGGCCACUUUGACCCUGUAGAUUGCAAAAGUUCAAAUGACCAUGAAAACUGCAAGACAGAGGAAGUGAUUGGUGCUCAAGAUUCAUCUCUUAUUGUUCUAUUUGAUGGGGCGAAGAUCACUCCUAUUAAAUCAAGUCAAGAUCUUCAACAGAGGGAGGUAAAUUCCCUGACUGAUGACUCAUCUGUGAACGACAAGGUACACAAAAAGACAACUUGUAGGACACUUGAACAGUGCUCAUCACUGGGAUUUUAUAACACCACUGAGACUUGCUCUUUAGAGCAACAUGUACCUACAAAAGAGAAAGCGGUUUCAGGUCCUACAGUGAGAUCCUGUUUGUCAGAUAAUUUAAGUAUGAUCAGAACUAAUAUGGAAAGGAAAUCUAAAAAUCUAGAACAAGGAACAAGUACAGAUGACGUCCAAAAUUUCCCCUUAAAACUUAAUAUUCAAAAUGAGAAGUCUAACACAGUUAGGCUGUGUGCCUUUACCAAUACCUCUGCUGAGCCAAGCUCUGUAUGUUCUACCUCUCUCAGUCAGCUAGAGAACCUUGUGCAUAACCUUCACAAGGAGAUCCUUCCUACCACUACACUGAAAUCUCCGCAGCCCUUUCACAUCCAAACAGACACUACAAAGGAGACUGCAACCGAAUGUGAAGAUUCUGAUCUACCUCCUAGACAAGAGGUAUCCUUAAACAUGGCAUCAAAUGCUGAAUGUACACUAACAAAACAAACUGGAUCAACAUCCAGAACUGCCUGCUUUGGGGUUCAAAGUCCUCAGAAGGUGGUGAAAAACCAAGUGAAGCCAAACAAAUGGGAAAAAACAGGUAAUGGUUUUAGUACUCAGGCAUCUCAUGUGGAAGCUCAGGAACCCUCUACAUUUCAAGACUCAGCUGCUGAGCCAGGAGACUUUGCCUCUGACAAAGUACUUCCCUCAAUGGCAGCUGGAAAAGAGUGUUUAAACUCACCAAACCCUUAUAAGAAACAACCUCAACUUGAUUCUCUCAAGAAUGUACAGCAGUCCACACCCUCAUUUACCUCAGAAAAUGUCCCUCAGAAUUUACAAAAUGUAUUAAAAAGGCAGAAGACACCAAGAAAAAGAAAAGCUUUAGACUGUGAGGCAUUAACUGGACAAACACCAAAGAGAACCUGUGAAAGCAGAGAAACUGGAGACUACUGUCCUGUGACCAACCUUGAGGACUUAACAUCGGAAGGCCUUACUGAGGCAGUUAACACUACUGAUGUUUCACAGUGCACAAGGGAAAAGCAAAAGAAACCAGAGAACAGUUGCGGCUCACCAAAGAAAACAUCACAUCUCCCGGAGGAGCAACAGCUUGGCUUAUAUAAUGUGAUUAAGACCCCAACUGCAGAACAGGAGUGUGGCCCUAUAGCUUUGACUGAAAAAGAGGAAAACAGUGCAGAGCUGCCAGAAACUGCCAGAAGCCAAACUGUGUCCCAACAAGAAGAUUGUCUUUCAUUAGUCUCAACAUCUGCUGCACAGAAGUCUGUAAAAGCAAAAGUGCAUGCAACAAAAGUUACAAACAAAACAACUAAAGAUGUAACUUGUAAUUUGGAGGGAGAUCCUCUUUCCUGUGAGCCAGCAGAUUCCAUUUCAGUCUCAGAGAACAAUUUAAGUUUAAGCCCAAGGAAUACCACCAGGAAAUUUAAGAAAAGGAAGAAUUCCAAAAUAAAAAACAAAAAUGCGGCAUUAGGCUGUGCUCAGAAAUGCCCAGCUGUAUCAACAGACAAACUCUCAUCUUUUGGUUUAUAUGAAGAUGUUAACACAACCCCUGAAAUUCAGAAUUCAGGAUCUAAAAGCUGCAUCAGAAGACGUUCAAACGAAGAUGUUGAAAGUGUUAAUGCAACAAGCAAAGCUGAUGACCAGAAUUCUCUUCAGGAACCAGUGCAGCACAGUUUGGAGGAUUUCAGUAUUGUGAAAACCUCAGAAGAACCUAAAUGUGGACAGAAUGCAAAAGCAGAGACAAUAGAAACUUAUAGAGCACCUGAUGCUUGUUUGUCUAGAGAAUUAGACAAUACAUUUCAAUUUGUAUCUGACAUUAAAACUGAACCAAUGGAAGUCAAAGAUUAUCUGAAGAAGCUAAGGCAACGAGAAUCUACCUCUAAAAACCACUCUCUUGUUUGUAAGAGUACUCCAAAAAAUGUGAAGCUAGAACCUAUUUAUUCUCAAGGCUGCUGUGAUUUGCCUUCUACUCAUUUUGAAAAUGUAUCAGAUUUUCUUGAGAAAGGAAGAGUUUCAAUCAAAGUAGAAGAAACCUGUGAAGACAGUUCCCCCAGUCUUGGUAAGAAUGAUCUUAAAAUGGUUAAUCUCAAGAGCAUUAAAGCUCGUGUUUUAAAGAGAAAAAGAGCUCGCCGUCCCUUUAAAAAGAGGAAGCUAAUGAAAUUAGCCAAACCAUUAUCAGCAGCCCUGAAUACUUCCGAAAAUAUAACUGCGAAAGAUCUGCAGAAAAUCUCUCAAAAUGAUGUUUCUGGAGAUUUAAUAAAGAUGGAAAUUAAGUCAGAGAAAAAACAUACUGAGUCAACAGUGGAUGGUUCUAGAAAAUCAUGCCGUACAAGACAAAAUAACUCCUGUUCCAGUAUCCAGGCCUCUUCUGGUGUCAGCCUGGUGUUGGAGGACCCCUGUGAGAGUCCUGAGCAGAAGCAGACAAUUCUGUCUCGUCCAGUAGCUACCAGGGACACUGUGGAUAGUCACACUAGUAUCUCUAACUGUAAUGGCUCCAGCAGUGCUGGGCAGAAGUCACAAAGAAGACCUCCAAAGAAGCAGAGAAGAUCUGCACGAUCAAAGACAAAUGCAGUGCAAACAGCCUUAAUUUGCAAAGCUGAAAAAACAGAUCUUGAGCCUGUGAAAGUUUCAAAGCAGAGCACGUCUCCUGUGGAAAAUAAUAUCCCACCCCUUCAAAUCUCAUAUCUUUCUGCAAGUGCUGCUAGUGCAGAAAAUGAAACUACGGCUACAGAACCCACAAAUCUGAUGAAACGAAAGUUUAGCCGGACGUGCAGGAAAAGGACAUUAUCAAAAAUUGCUGUUGCCAGUGGAUUGCAAAAUGACCCUCCAGAACAGAGGAUUACUUCUAAGAUGGUAAACAGUCUGCAAGCUCUUCCUGCUCGUGCACAAAACGGAGGCAAGAAGUCCAAAAAGCAGUUACCAAACUUCAACGUAUCAAGUUUGAGAUAUUCCAGAAGACUGUCAAGGUUUACCCGAGGCAAAGUCAGAGGUUUUCAAAAACCUGGUCACAAUGCAGCAAAUGACAGCAUUUCAUCAAAGUAUCAUUCAGCUAUAUCAUAUGAAGUGCACCGCAAAAGCACAAUAAGAAAAAAGAGAAAGCACAAUAAGAAGAAAAGAUCUCAAAUCAGAUCCAACAUCAGUGAUCCUUUGCCUAAGAGUAGCUGUGACAUUACAGACAACGGUCUCCUAACUUCAACAUCUGAGGAAAAAGACCAAAAGACAAACGAAGAUAGUUCAUUGGUUUCUUGCACACUGCGUGGCCACCACCUAAAAGUAUCCAAGGGAAAAGUAAUACAGGUAGCAACGUGCAUCCUUCCCAGGACAAGAAAAUUCAAGAGUGAAAAGAUUGCCCAGGAUCAAGGUAUGGUUGCAGACACAGACGUAUUGGAGAAUAGCUCAGAGACACUGGGGAGCCACGCAGAAAUGCAAGAGGAAAAAUUUGGCCAGAAAAGUCACAUAUUAAAGCUACCACCUUUAGUGGUUGAAUGUGGAGAGAAUCCAAAUGUAAAGGCAGAAUUAAAAAAUAAGAGGAAAAUGUCAAAACAGAACACUGAACAAGUUUCCAAGAGGACGGAAUUGAGCCAGCAAGCAAGAAGUUUGCAACUGGAGUCAAGAAAAACUGGCUUAGAUUCCUUUGAAUGCCCUCUCAAGACUGGUAUAGCCAAUGGGGAAUCUACAGCGAGAGAUGUUGAAAUAUGCUCAGCAAAAGGUUUUUGUGCCGAUAGUAGCAAGAUGCUACUGACAACAGCAGCUGAAGAAGUCCACUUCGCUCUGUCCACUCCCUUAUCUUCUAAGUCAAAGAACAAGGACGUAAAGGGAGGAGAAUGCAAGAAAAAGACAAGAUGGGAUGAAAAGAAGAAAGACACUCCCAGCACUGAAUCAAAUGGUGGUGAUGCUUUUGAAUUAUCUCUGCAGUCCUCUGUUAAUACCACAGGAUUUAAUUCCAACGAGAUCGGUGAUGCAUUUUGUGAUAAAAAGAUAAAGGAAGAAAAGUCAGAGAAGCUUGUGACGGAUACAAGUAUCAGAGCAUCUGAUCUGGAUGUAUUAACGAGGGAUGUUACAGUUGAAAAUGCUGGACUUAAGGUUGCUAGAGAGGGCAUUUCAGUUAAAAGUUCUGGAGGUCAAAAUGCAGGUGGGUUUAUACAGUAUUUUGAAGACUUCAUAGCAACACUAAACAUAGGCACAUGUGCAGUAGAUGAUGCUGCUGAACAUAAGAAAGUAGGAUCCCUACCAAAAGAAUUAGCAAAGAAAUUUAUCAUUUGUAAGUACUGUGGUCAAUCUUUCCGUCAUAUCUCGGCAUACACCAUUCAUCAGCGUAUUCAUACUGGUGAAAAACCUUACAGAUGCAAACUUUGUGGCAAGAACUUUGCUCAGCUCUCCGAACUCAAAUCUCACAGAAAAAUUCAUAUGCAGUCAGAAGCUCUGCGUUGCCCAUGCUGCAGUAAAAAAUUCUCCCAAAAACAGAGUUUGGUAUCCCAUUUUAAGAUCCACUUACAGGGGACAAAGCAGAAGAGUGGACCUGACAGAGAUAUCAAAUUCAGAGAUUCUACCCCUUUAACUUCUCCCCUCAGAAAUGACACGAGUCUCCUUUGUGAGAUUUGUGACAAAAACUUUCCCAACAAAUUUAUUUUGAAAAUUCAUAUGCAUAGGCAUGAUGGAAAGAGUCCUCUGUCCUGCUCAACCUGUGGAAAAGAAUUUCAGAAAUCUUCACACCUUCAGGUCCAUGAGAAGACCCAUUGGCCUGUGAAACCAUAUGCCUGCUCCAUUUGUGGUAAAGGGUUUAACCGACUCAAGGCACUGAAAAAGCACUCUCAGGGCCACACAGGGGAGACUCCUUUCUCCUGUUCUCACUGUGGCCGUGCUUUCCAUGACCUCUCUGCACUACGAGUGCAUCAGGUAUCCAAGCACUGUGGUGUAAAAGGAAAAAUAAAUGGGGGCAACUGUGACAUUGAGGGCUUCCUAGUCAGUCAAGGAAUUGAUGGUCAAGUAAAUACACCAGUUUUCUUCAGAUGCCAGAUAUGCAAACUGCUUUGUCAAAAGUGGUGCCAGUAUACUCUUCAUCUUGAAACCCACACAAAAGCUCCACCAUAUCUUUGCUUCACUUGUGGACAGAGUUAUACGAAGGAUUCCGACAUUAGCGUUCAUUGUAAGGUUUGCUGUAAGUCAAGCGGGGAAGAAGUGGCUUGUCGUGCAUCACUUUCUGAAAUCUUCUCCAGUGACACCCAAAAAUAUACUUCCUCUCUGAAUACUUCAACCCUUAACCCUCAUUCUGUACAAAAUUCCAAAACCAAAAACAAUUCCCUGUCAAAUGAAAGUCACUCUCAGAAGGAUUCCCAAGCUUCCACUGAUCUUCUGCAAGGGACAGAACACCUUAAUCCUCAGCCCUCUGAGGUCAUGGAGGUGUCAUUGUUGCCUGAGACUUAUGUUGCUAAGUUACCCAUUCAUCUGCAUUCAGGUCCCCCAUCACCCACACCUUCUGUGAUCACUUGCGUCUCCUUAAAUGACUCUCUGGAAUGCAUUGAAAAUUCACCAAGUCUUGGGAAAUUUGAGUGCCCAUGUGGUCAGCGAUAUGAGCAAUACAGGACUUUACGUGCUCACAUGCAGACACAUGCCCAUGGUUUUAGAUAUGUUUGUGGACCAUGUGGGCAGUCGUUUGAGAGGUGGAGUAGACUUUGGUUGCACCAAAGGAUUCAUCGUAGGAAACGCCGUUGCUAUUCUUGUUCACAGUGCAACCUCCAAUUUCGCUUCAUUGGUUCAUAUAAAGGGCAUAUGCUGGACCAUGCAGGGGAGAGACCUUUCGCUUGUCCCGUCUGUCCUGAAACCUUUGUCCAUGGAGAAGCUUUGCAUGCUCACCAGUGUGAAUUUCAUCAGUCGUCAAAAAUCUUCCAGUGUGACGUUUGUGCGAAGAUCUUCAGUAAUUUGAAAAACCUGCUUAAGCACAGUCGUCUACACAAUGGUGCAGUUUCUCACCAGUGUCUCACAUGCAAACUGUCCUUUACAAACAACAAAAUCCUACAGGAACAUCUGAAAACUCACCAGGACAUGCUUGGUCUUCCCCUCCCUGAUAUUCCAUCAGAGCCUUUAGCAUUUUCACACAAGUGCAAGAAAUGUAAGGCCAGCUUCUCAACAGGUGAUCUGCUCUAUGCUCACCAGAUAUGUCAUUUCGGAGGUCAGGUCUGUCCUACCCAUAUUAACAAAUCUACCUCGUCUGGGUUUGAGGGGAGAUCUCAACCUCACACAGACUCACCAUCACCUACUACCAGGCCUGUGUUAUCAAAUCUUAACCUUGAUGCCGUUCCAAAUGAUGAGCGCCUUUAUACUUACCCCCACCCAGACAAGCUCUAUGUGAUGCCUAGCCUGUCAAGAACACGUCUCCCGCUCAUUAAUUUGGACCCCGAUGAGGAGGAGAGCACGCAGCCAGCAAGUAGUGACCAAGCAUCUGCAAACAUUAGCAUGUCUGGAAGUGAACACUCUGAGCGAAGAAUACCAGAAAGUUCCUCAGUCUGUUCUGAGACUAAUACCACACAUCUACCUCAGGCUUUGGAAAGCCCAGAAUCUACUCCUCUUCAGUCUCAGUCCACUGAAUGCAUGCCAGCACCUUGCACAAUAACCAGUAAUGUUGAGGACGAAGCUAGUCACGAUUCUGUGACUCAGACAGAUAAUUUUGUGGAAACUAGUGUAUUCCUAGAGGACCCAACCACCACUGCAAACACUGAACAAAAUGAGGAGCAAGAAGAGAAUUUUGAAUGUGCUGACUGUUCCUAUAGCGCAAGCAGUCUUCUGGGAUUACAUGAACACUAUUUUCUACAUGCUUUUGGGAAUUAGAUACCUAUACAUAACUUUCUCUGACAGAUGAGAAUAGUUUUGUUUUAGCAGUAUUGUUCAUAUGUCACUUUGGGUUGGAAAUGCAGCCUUCUGUAGGAAACAGGAUGUUUUCUGUAUUUUCAGUAGGUGCAGUAGUAUGAGUUGUUAAGACUCGGAACCUUAGCAAGUAUCUUUCAAAAAGGUAAUCUGUCAUGUUUUGUGCUAAAUAAGGUUUCCAUAUUUAUUUAUGGAGCUUAACAUGCAUUAUGAAAGACCUUGUAAUCCGAUACUGGACAAGUUUUACUCUCAUACCGUUAAACAUAAAACAGAGUAAUUCACUUUCACAAGCAUAUGGCUUUAUUAUGUGGCGCUAGGGCUGAACGAUUUGUGGAAAAUAUCUAAUUGUGAUUUGUCUGAUCAAUAUUAUGAUUGUUAGUGAAAAAUCUGCACAUCAGUUUUUUUCUGGCUUGAACGCUGAAUGCAGGGUGCCAGACGAACUUUGUAUUGUUAAGAUUUGGAAUUGCCCUUAUGACAAAUUUAGAUUUUGGUACAAAAAAAAAUCGGCCCUAUGGAGAGCUGUAUAUUACUGUGCCUCACUACUGUAUGAUGUGUCAUAAUAGGAUGUGGUGUCAACAUAUGGAUAAAGUGCAUUAUCAGUUUCUGUACUGAGCAGUUUGAACCUGUGCCUUCACAAAGUUAGUCUUGAAGUGAUACAUGUUUAAGAACUGGUCUAAAUAGUUCCAACAUUCUGUUUGUAUAUCAGGACUGGUACUGUAGUCAGUAUGGACCUGUAAAUAUUGUCACAAACCUGCACUGGAAAACCUUUACUAAAAGUUAGUUUGUAUUUUUUUUUUUUUUUUUACAUACUUUUUUUUCUUCUUACAAUACUUUAUGGGUGAAUACUGUAUCAGUAAUACGAUAACCUUAGCCAUUUAUGGAUAAAUGGAUGAAAGCAGUGGAAAGUUCAUGUGAGAUAAAAUGGACACAAGCAUUGCUGUAGUUUGGAGCUUUUGUUUAUAUGUACUGUACAUGAUCAUUUUGGGAACACUGACAGCUUUCUUUGAAAAUUCUAUACAGUAGGUUUAUUUUUCAAGAAAAACAUUUAGAAAUUUUCUGAAACAAACUUUGUUUACAAUGUUUUUUUAAAGGUCUUUAAUAAAACCCUAUCUGUAAUA